GAACUAAGAGAAGAGGAGAAGAGGGGAUAUUAAUAAGUGGGAAUUCUUCACAUAAUUAUUAAUAAAUCCAAGACGCUCAUAAUGAUUAUUUUUGCUAUAGUCUAAUGUCGUUUCGGGUGGCGCGCCGGCGGGUAGAAUUCAGAACGACUUUUUCAUCUGUGUAAGCUACUGUAGUCUAGAUAUUUUAUACAGAUGUCAUACCGCUUGCGGUUUAUUUUUCCAUCGAAUGGAAUAUAUUUUCACUUCUGAAUGGAAAAUUCAUUAAGCUAUAGACUAGGCCUACUUGGUAGAGCAUUCAAAUGCGUCUCGUACUUUUUCACUUUAGUUAUUUGCAUCGUUUUUGCCUAAAGGCAAAUUGAGCGCCACCUGAAUAAAAUCGUGGUUUUCAGUGCGACUUGUGUUUCAAGCGCUCAAUUGACAAUGAAAUAUCACUCAAUCACUAAGGACUCCGCGGCUAGCUGAGAUAAUACUACCAGUUACCAAGCACGGGGAUAUGCUGACUCGAAAAUAUCUGAAGAUAUGGAAUUGUCAUCAAUACGUUGACAUAUGCUUCAAUUGGAAACAAUUCGUGUGGUGCAUUCUCUUUAGCAUUUAAUGCGCCGUAUCGGCUGGCCGCAGCCAUCAUCGUGCGCCUCCGCCGCGGACAUUUAUAUUGGAAGCAACAGGCUGGGCUCAUCGCGCUGGUGAGAAAGUCGCCUUUUGCCAGAGAAAUCCACUUCCUGUGUGUUUAUGCAAAACCAUACGAGCCGAGUGCGUUCACCCGUGUCGCGCUGACUACAACUCCCCUUUAAACUACCCGGGAUAGUGGUGACAAUUUGUUGGAACUAGACCUCAAGACGCGCCCACUGAAGAAUUGCGGUCUUAGUGCAUUUCGUUUACGCGCAGGCGACACACAGCUGUGGAAAACCCGACACUGCAUGUGGAGUGCUGAUGGUUGACAGGGCGAAAGAGGGCGUUCAAAACACAGACGCGUUAAACAGCGUGCCUUGGCUAUGGUUUCAUAUCUAAAUCCAAGGAGCUGGAAUACUUAAUUUGCUGUUCAUUCAGAGAGCUCCACAUCUACACCUCCAAGACAGCCACACAUGCCCCAGAGGACCUUUGUACAUCAGCACUUCAUGCCCGCCCCGGUGAUGCCAUGCCCCGCAACCACAGCGGAGAUGAAGGCGGCACGGGGCUCUGGAUGAAAACUUCUCCGGGCCACCGCGCCGAGGGCUAUGACUUGAAGGAUGUGGAGUCCGGCCGAAGGAUGAUGAACAACGCCAGUGCUGGGGACGGUUUGCUGUCGGCCUCCAGUGCUACAGGUGCCGGGGGUUCGGAGAGCCUGAGGGGAAACAAGGGAGCCCGGCUCAGCCUGCUGGGGAAGCCACUCAUAUACAGCGCUCAGAGCGGCCGGAGAAACGUCCGUUACCGAAGGCUGCAAAAUUUACUGUACAACGUGCUGGAGAGACCACGAGCCUGGGCGUUCAUCUACCAUGCGUUUGUGUUCGUCCUGGUCUUCGGUUGCUUGGUCCUGUCUGUGUUCUCCACCAUUCCGGCUCACCAGGACUUCUCUUCCGACUGUCUGCUCAUCCUGGAGUUUGUGAUGAUCGUGGUGUUUGGGCUAGAGUACAUCAUCAGGAUCUGGUCGGCCGGCUGCUGCUGUCGCUACAGAGGAUGGCAGGGUCGCCUCCGUUUCGCCCGGAAGCCUUUCUGUGUAAUAGACAUCAUCGUACUGAUAGCCUCCGUAGCGGUGGUGUCGGCAGGAAGCCAGGGUAACAUCUUCGCCACGUCCGCCCUGCGUAGCCUCCGCUUCCUGCAGAUCCUGCGAAUGGUGCGCAUGGACCGGCGCGGCGGCACCUGGAAACUGCUGGGAUCAGUGGUGUACGCACACAGCAAGGAGCUGGUGACGGCCUGGUACAUUGGCUUCCUGGUCCUCAUCUUCUCCUCCUUUCUGGUCUACCUUGUGGAGAACAAGUUCAACAGCGAGUUUGCAACCUAUGCUGAUGCCUUAUGGUGGGGAACGAUCACCUUGACAACCAUUGGAUACGGGGACAAGACCCCGAAGACAUGGACCGGGCGUAUGCUCUCAGCUGGGUUUGCACUACUGGGGAUCUCUUUCUUUGCCCUGCCAGCGGGUAUACUGGGCUCAGGCUUUGCCCUGAAGGUCCAGGAGCAGCACAGACAGAAGCACUUUGAGAAGAGGAGGAACCCAGCCGCUUGUCUCAUCCAGUGUGUUUGGCGUAGUUAUGCGGCUGAUGAGAACUCGGUUUCCAUUGCUACCUGGAAGCCUCAUUUGAAGGCGUUGCAUACCUGCAGCCCUACAAAGAAGGACCAGGGUGAAUCGUCCACAAGCCAGAAGCUGAGUUUCAAAGACCGGGUCCGGAUGGCGAGCCCCAGGGGGCAGAGUAUUAAGAGCCGGCAGACGUCGGUGAGCGACCGGCGGUCCCCGGGGACUGAGGCUGGGGGUACGGAGGGCACCAGCCCUGCCAAGGUCCAGAAGAGCUGGAGCUUCAACGACCGCACCCGCUUCAGACCCUCCCUCCGCCUCAAGAUCCAAUCACGCUCCACUGCCGAUGCUGACUCUAACAUGACCACUGAGGAUGGGUUCGGUGAUGACAAAGGGUGUCACUGUGAGAUCUCUGUGGAGGACCUGCUGCCUUCCGUCAAGUCUGUCAUCCGAGCCGUCAGGAUAAUGAAGUUCCACGUGGCCAAGAAGAAGUUUAAGGAGACGUUGCGUCCGUACGAUGUGAAGGACGUCAUAGAGCAGUACUCCGCCGGACACCUGGACAUGCUGUGUCGCAUCAAGAGUCUGCAGACACGAGUGGACCAGAUCCUGGGUAAAGGUCAGAUUCCUCUGGAUAAGAAGAUCCGGGACAAGCUGCUGUCUGAUGGAGACCUGCUGGAGGACAUGAGUAUGCUGGGACGCGUCUGCAAAGUGGAACGGCAGGUCCAGUCUAUUGAGUCGAAGCUAGACUCCCUGUUGGACAUCUACCGGCAUGUGCUACGUAAAGGCUCCUCCUCUGCCCUUACCCUCUCCUCCUUGCCCCUGUUUGAGCUGGAGCAGACCUCAGACUACCAGAGCUCUAUCCUCUUCGAGGACCACUCCACCUGCUCUACCCAGGUCAGCAGCACCAGAGGUGGGCCAGGGAUAGAGGGCCAAGGGGGAUGCGUGACCCGCUCCUCCACCAACGCCCCAAACCUGUCCCGGGGACUUCACCUUAUCCUGGCGCCAUCCACCGAGCUCAGCCUCAACCUCAACACUGGCACCACCUCGCCUUCUACCAGUGGGCCCCCGCCCUCCUCCUUCAGUCCGUCGCCCCUUCCUCAACACCACCAACAUCAUCAUCAUCAUACCCUGCCGGAAAGUGGGGAACCAGUCCAUAGAGGAAGUUCUUCUCACUCACCUCCUAUUCUUACUCCUAAUUGUGUAUCUGGAGGUGGGGGGUUUCCUACUCUGGCCAGGCCCCCACCACCUCCUCCCCAGCCCAGCCGGACAGUGGGUCACUCCAGGCCGGAGAGGGAAAGGGAGGUGGAGGUGGGUGACUUCUGUGGAAGCCCGGAGGAGAGGGAGGAUGGUGAUGUGUUAGGCCCAGAACAAGGCCUCAGAAUCGGGAGGCUGGGGCAGCCAAGAGGGGGGUCCAGUGGGAACAGCAAUGGCCGGCCCUGCAAUGCCAAAGCAGAGGGCUCCUGGAGGAGACACACGAGCCUCGAGAUGGAGCCCCUGGUACCCCUCUCUUCUGCUCUGGGAGGAGGAGGUGGCGGCUCCUCCGGCUCCAACCCCAGCCAGGUGGACCGAAGCCUGGGCAAGUCCAUGUCCGUCCAAAACCUGGGGCAGAGGGGGUCAACCACCUCCAGGGCCCUGGAUAGCCACCACCAUCCUAGCCUCAGCCUCUCCUCCCCCAGCCCCUGCAGCAGCGACUCCCCCACAGGCUCCCACAGUAGUCAGGACCCUGGGGGAGGGGGCGGCGGGGAUGGCUGGGGGGAGGAGGACCUCUUUAUCAGCGACAGGGACGUGGACGCCCUCCCUCUCCCCCCCGAGGCUCAAGGUGGAGCUUUUGGCUUUGACUUCCUGUCCCAGGGGACAGCCGACGCGACCUCUUACUCUUCAGAGCUACUGAGGACAGACCCGGGGCUUGGGGCGGGGUUAAGUGCUCUGGCAGGGUUCAAUAGGAGCCUGGCGAGCGGGAGCGGGAACAUGUCAUCGACCCCCUCAGUCGGGAGCACCGAGUCCCUGAGCAUACCGCACGUACGGCUAAAAUAAGACACACCCCCGUGUCGUGUGGAUCAAUCAAAAAAACUCACCUUACAGAGAAGCUCUUUAUUCUAUUUUGGGAGGGUUGAGGGAGAACAGGGAGGGACUAUAAUGGUUAUUUCUGUUUAUUUUUUAUGUUGAUUCAUUUGAUAAAAAGCAUAGUAUUUUUCAUACAUGUCGACGAUACAUGAACAUAUCAUUGCAUGAAUUAUUCUUUUUUUAAAGUACGGUUGAAGAAAUCGAAACAAAGAAAAUAAAGAAGGUAUAAUAAAGAGAGCGAGAGAGAGAGGUGUAUAAAAAAUGAGACUUUGAGUAUGAGGUUGUAUAUAUAUACAAUAUAUAUUGUAUAUAUAUAUAAAGAAACAAGCAAAACUUGAUCCUGAAAGACAAUCGAUUGAUCUGUGAUCUCAAGACUGCAUGAGCACUGCAUGUUUUCAGUCCAAAUGUCAUGGUAUUUACAACUUACCCAUAAGUCUUCAUUCAUUAACACAGGAAGUUGUUGAUGCCUAUAGGCCUUAUGGCAAAACCCUUCUAGAAAACCUUUCCUUCAUUUUAAUACACAUAAUCAUGUACAGAUAAAGUUCAAGUGUGGGGCAUCCCAACGUAUAAGACUAUAGCGUAUGGGGCAAGUUAAAUGCUUACAUGAACCCAAUAUCAUACUGUUAUCCAAAGCUUCUGAGGCAGCCAUCUUUAAAUGAAUGUUGCCUCAACACGACCAAGUUUUUCACCCACAUCAGUUCCCUAUAAUAGUUUCUCAUUUGAGAGACUAUUGUGGACAUACAAUGGCACAAAACACAAGUCCAGGUCAAUACUAGUUUGAGGUAAAUUCAAUUCUGCCAACAAACACACACACACACACACACACACACACACACACACACACACACACACACACUCCAGUAGCUUACAUACUGUAUAACCACUGUACACAAGCUGUUACACAUAGUCCCGGGAAAGGAAUAACUGCUAAAACAGGAGACGAAUAGCUGCUAAAACCAUAGAAAUAGAAAUACUAGAAUACGGUCCAUCCAUCAUGACAUCUUUGAAUAGGGAUGUUUGUUCUAGUAGUUAUAUUUCUAUGCCUAAAACACAGUUCAAUUGCGCACCGCGAGGUGUUUCCUACCUGACGACCAAGGUAUCCACAUUAAGAAUGUGAUUUCUUGAGAUACCUGUGUAUCUUCUCAUUAAAAUUGUGUUUUUGUUACUUAUAACACAAGAGAGCAAAAUACGAUGAAGGGAGAAAAUGUGCAAAAUUAUAUUAUGUUAUCUGAUUAUGUGACCCUCUUUUAAUUAAAUGAAGAUACUUGCAGUCUUACAGUACACGGUUUCAGUCGAAAUCACACUCACCGGCUGUAGUUCUUUUAAUACAUAAUAUUUUGAAUGCUUAUUAAAUUGCUUAAACUGAAGUUGACAUGCUGUAGAAUGUAUAUAAUGUUAUGUUAAUAAUCUGUAAGUGAUAUUUUGCACACCCUGGCAAGCAGUGGGAGUGACAUCAUGGCUAAUGCUAACAACAAUUAGCCCUUUUGACUUAAAGGGAUAUGUCACUCAAAUCACAUAAUUACAUUGUUUUUCUUACCCUUCAAGCAGUCUUUGGACGAGGAGAGACAGCAAUGAUGGACAGCUAUUUCUUUACAUGGUACCAAAAUAAAAAUGUAAUUUUCUAAUUUGGGUGGACUAUCCCUUUAAAUGUUACAGAUUCAGGUACAACAAGGCCAUGUUCAAUAGGGCACAAUGUAGCGAAACGGAAUGCAAAGAUGACUCAUUGGACAUGCUCAGCCUCAGGUAGUAGGCUACCUCAUCGGUUUUCACAACGUUUUGUAACAUUUUGUGCCUACUGAACAGGAUCCUGGUAAGGAUUAUUGGAUGUUUCCCCAAGUGAGUUGCUUCAAAGGAGAGAAACCCAUUCUAAACAACAUGAAAUACAGUAUGAAAUCCAAAGCUCCAGUACACAUACCAUUGGAAACAGAAACAUUAGCAGAAACAUUUAUGGUCAAUUAAAUCCUUAUUGAAGGCUUUACCAGAAUAUGUGAAGUAUAUAAGACAUGCAGUACAUAACAUGGUGCCUUUCUUAGCGAUAUACUGUCCAUUUCAACAUGUUUAUUUGCACCCAACGUGUGGGUUGUUGGCAUUUUGUGCUGUAAUGGUCUCACAUACUUCAUUUUUGUUUCGUCCCUUGUAAAAAAAAAAAGACUAUCAGAUUUGGGCAUUAUUUAUCCACAGACAGAGCAUGUAUUACCAAAGGAAAACUGGCCUUUAGAAAUGUCAUCAUUGUGUCUCAUACGAUCAUUAUCCUAAUUUAUUUAAAUGACGUGCACAUACCUAUACGAUAGUAAUCAUUUCAGUUAGCUCCAUCAAGCCUGUAAUGUCAUGAAAGAUGCUAAAGAAACUUCCAUUCUCCUACAUCAAUAAAAAAAAAGGAAAUUCAA